CAUGAAUAUGAAAAACUUCCUGAUCCUGGACUGUGAAAACAGAAGUUUUCUCCUGUGAGGUGGUGGAGGUGGGGGAACCUGGUUACUUCUGCAACUGAAUCCAUCCAGUGACAUCCUCGCGUCUGAGUCUGUCUCCAUGAGCCCAUGGAAGCAUGUAGCCUGAUUUCUUUCAGUAGAGGACCAGAAACCAGCACACUUCUGAAAACCCGUCCACCGGUUUGCCUGGGGGACCGGAUUACUUCCAAAGAGGGUCAGAUUCUGAUUCAGGGAUGGAGUGUGUGAGUGUGUGGCUGUUGUGCGUGUGCAUGUUGAAUGUGUGUGUUGGGACUCUCAGUGAUUUGGACAGAAGUGACAGAACCCAGCUGGACCAGCAACCUGUGGAUCUGCCCGGCGACAGAGCUUCAGACCUGUGUGUCAUAGACCAGCAACUCUGUCACAACGCAGACUCGCUGCUCAGCUUCGAGGCGAUCUGCAGCAUCCACAAACUGAUGGACGACGACGCCGACGGCAGCGUGGACACCACCGAGACGGACGAGUUUCUCAGGGAGGAUCUCCAGUACAAAGACUCCAAAGCCAAACAGAACAGCUUCCACCGAGCCGACCUCCACAUCAGCGUGGAGGACAUGUGGAACGCCUGGAAGAGCUCCGAAGUGUACAACUGGACGGUGCCGCAGGUGGAGGAGUGGUUGGCGGUCAGCGUGGAGCUUCCUCAGUACACCAAAAGCUUCCAAAAACUUCAGCUGGACGGCCGAUCGCUGCCCAGGCUGGCGGUGAAGAACACCACCCUGACUGUAUCCCUGCUGAAGAUCGUGGACCGAGGUCACGCUCAGAAGCUGCAGCUCAAAGCCCUGGACAUCGUGCUGUUUGGACCACCACCAGCAGGUCUGCAGAACCGAUGGAAGGAUUGGGUUCUGGCGUUGUCCGUCCUGAUGGCUCUGGGCGGCUGCUGGUUCGCUUACGCACAGACCAGGAAGUCCAGAGACGACCUGGGGAAGCUGAUGAAGGACCUGGAGGGUCUGCAGAGAGCUGAGCAGAGUCUGCUGGACCUGCAGGAGAAACUACAGCAGGCUCAGGAGGAGCAGCGCUCCGUUCAGGUGGAGAAGGUGAGGGUGGAGGAGGAGCUAAGGAGCGAGAUCGACUCGGCCAAGCACGAAGCCCAGCGGCUGCGCGAGCUGCGUGAGGGGACGGAGAACGAGCGGAGCCGGCAGAAGUACGCCGAGCAGGAGCUAGAACAGGUCAGGAUGGCGCUGAGGAAGGCGGAGAGGGAGCUGGAGUCCCGGGCUCACUGGGCCCCCCCGGAGGUUCUGCAGACGUGGCUGCAGCUGACGCAUGAAAUCGAGGUUCAGUACUACAACUGCAAGAAGCAGAGCGCAGAGAGGCAGCUGCUGCAGGCCAAGGACGGGGCAGAGAAGAUCAAGAAGAAGAGGAGCUCCCUGUUCGGGACCUUUCAUGUGGCCCACAGUUCCUCUCUGGACGACGUCGACCACAAAAUCCUGUCUGCCAAACAGGCCCUGGCUGAGGUGACGGCGGCGCUGCGGGAGAAGCUCCACCGCUGGCAGCAGAUUGAAUCUCUGACCGGUUUCUCUCUGGUCCACAACCCGGGCCUGGGAGCUUUAGCCACAGCCCUAAACCUGGACCCGACCUUCCUGGGCCUGCGACCCCCCACCCCCCAGCACCUCCUCCUUUCAGACGACCUGGAUGACAUGGACGAGGACAUCCUGUCUCCGGGGACGCUGCAGUACGCGGCGUGGCAGAUGGACCGGCGAGUGAGCGACCUUUGGCCUUUGAGUGGCACGACAGAUUCCCAUUCACCAUGGAAGCAAUCAGUUCAGAGCCUGAAGCCCCUGCGACAGAGGACUGGAGACCCCACGCUGGCAUUCAGCUCUCAGAGGGACAUAAUGAACCGCUCAGACUCUGACUCCGCCCUCCCACUCGCUCACAGCGAAUCACAGGGCCUGUCAAACUCCAAGCCCUACCUCCUGUCAUCCAAGCUCCACCUCCUUCCGGGCCAGGGCUCCCCCCUCAGCAAAGGUGGAGGAGGAGGAGGAGGUCUGGAGAAGAGCUCCAGCCUGGGAGAACUGCGGGGCAGCUCGCCCGGCGCCUUCAGCUCCUCCUGCUCCACGCGCUCACUCUGCAUCGCCCCCGACGUGGUGGGGCGGCCGCUCGCCUUCUCCUCCUCUGCCUCGUCCAGCUCGUCCGGCAGCGUCAGGGGGCCGGGCGUCCAGCCCACGAGCAGGAGGAGCCCCACGGAGGAGGACGGAGAGGAGAGCGAGUCCUCCAGCAGCCGGAAGAAGAACGCUUUCAACAAGAUCUUCAAGAAGAAGCAGGGACGCAACUGAAGCUCCGCCCCAUCCUCAUCCUCCUGGUACUCAGCUGAAACUGAGGAUGAAGGACGUUUUUCUGCAGAAGGAGAGCAACUGGUCUGCUGAAAUGCAGCUGAAAGACUGCAGGUUCAAACGCAUCUGUUCAUAUUUAUUGAUCGUUUCUUCGACGUCGUUCUGCAGCUGACUUACUAUCCAUGACACAGGUUUGCUCUAAAAACAUUUUGAAGUCAUUUAUGAACGAAACCACCUUUGUACAAAUGUAUGAUAGAAGAAAUCUACAAGCAACUAUAUGAGAACAUAUAAAUAUAUGAACAAAACUUUGAUUUAUGUUUUUAUCUUUGAUGAGUUUCAAGAAUUUAUCCAGAAACUCUGACCUGCUGAACCUGCGCCGGAGAAACUGAGUCUGACCAAAUCACCUGCAUGCAAAGAGAGUGUUACCUGGAGAUGAGGGUGAAGGGUUACCAUGGAAACGAACCCAGCAGAGGCAGAGAGCGGGGUAAACUGGGAAACAUGAAGAGAAGGGAACAGAAAUAUUAAAAAAAAUAUAAAGGUGGAAAUAAAAAGUGACUAAAGUGAAAAUAAAGGAUUUGCAGCAUUCACUC